GACGUCUCUCUACGCAGUAUCUACGUUUGUGCUUGGAAAGUUCCGUGAGUCAGCUAUUGUUUUGUCUGGACCAGAAACGUUCCCAACGAGGGUAAAAAUAUCUAUUUUACAGUAAAAUUUUGCCCUGCACGAAGAAUGCUGUGUUAAGACACACGGUUGACUUUUUCGAUCACUGCUUUUGCCACUUGAAGUGGUCUGUGAAAGAAGACCUUGAUAUGACAAUGAUGACCAGAAAGAGAGGCAGGUCCUCAAACAGCUCCUACCCCAGCAUGGGUGGACAGCUAUACAACCCUGAUGUCACUGAUGUUGUAAAGCCAUCACCAGUCGAAACAGAUACUCUCACAGACAUUUCAUUCGAGGACAGCAGUUCUCCCAGCGAGGACCUGGAGUUGUUUGGUUUGGAAGAUUUCAGCUGGGUGCUUGACAAGGAUGCACUGCCUUCUCUUGGAGACAUCGACACAUUGUGUGAGCUAAAAGAUGACUGCUCCACAGAUCAACACUUUUCAGUGGGUGGACAGACCUCGCAGAGGAAGUCAACAUUGGAUAUCUCAAGUCGUGGGAUGAACAAGAAUGCAAUUGCAGCCCGAAUUAAUCGCCUGAAGAAAAAAGAAUACGUCGGUGGCCUAGAGAAGAAAGUGGGUUUGCUGACAACAGAAAACCAGAUCCUCAAACAAGAAAAUGGACACUUGAACAAGCGGGUGGAAGAGUUGGAAAAUGAGACUAGGUAUCUGAGAGCUGUAUUGGCCAACGACAGCAUGUUAGGCCAACUGUUAUCUAGAUUGAGCGGUGUGAACGGCAUGAAAUUUUCUACUUCACUUUUCCAGGGUUCAGAGACGAAUGACCACGACUAUGCCAUACCCAAAAAGAGGGUGAAGGCGGAAGAGGGACAAACGUCUGGUGGCGUCUGUUUGCAUGUGGACAAGGACCAUGUCUCUGUGGAAUUCUGCACUAAAUGUGCAGAAAGUGCAAGCGCAGCACUUAAAAUGUGGUUGCCUGCUACCCAGGAUGAGAGGAUAUCUUGGCUCCGUGAUUGCAGUCAAGAGAUGAGGACAUCACAAACCGAUUGGAUAUGCUGUGAGAAGCUGAAGAAACGGGACCAGCUGCAGCCAUCUUGGCCCUGGUAUAUGUUAAAGGUAGUAUGUGAUCAGGUGUAAGUUACAUCUUUGUGGUUAUCCAUUACACAUGAACAUGCUUUAUAGAAUGGAGAUCACACAGUUUGUGUAUGAGACGGCAGUAUGGCAAACAUGCUGACAUUGUGCAACAUCAACACAACACUGAAACCAAUGAACAGUCUACCAUCAUUCAGUUAUUUUGGAUGGCCUUCAUAGUAAUAUGUGAAGUAGUAACUGGACAGGUUUAGAAAACCAGUAGGUUUCAAAGCUUCAUGGCUACUCUUUAUGUGUGAAAUGUACACAUCUGUUCUGGGAACAAAGAAUUAUGUUUAAAGAAUGAUUUUGUUUGAAAAUAAAUGUAAUUUUCAGUA